AUGUGCUGUUGUUCCUGCUGUUACAAACGUCUACCUACAUGGUAUAUUUUAUUAGCUAUUGGUGAACUUAUUUGUGGGAUAAUUCGUCUAGCAACUUUCUUUCCACUACUAUCCUCACUGAUGAAUGAAGAAAAAGCUGAUGCAAUAAUCACAACUGGGUUUAUACUUGAUUGGAUUGGCUCAUUAGUUCCAACAUUUAUGGGCAUUAUUAUUGGAUUUGUUCUACUAAUAGUUGCGUUGAAAAUUAUAUAUUCUUUGUGCUGUAAUGAUAAAAACAAAGUUCGACCAGCAGAUGAUCCUAGUGUAACAUUGGCUUGUUCAAAAUUUCUAUUAUGUAGUCGACCAAUGAAUCGAUUUGUUGCAUUAAAUUGCAACUUUCCGUGCUAUAUUCCUAGACCACGUCUACGUUUCAUUGUGCGAUUAGUUUUCUUACUUUUCAGUAUUUUACUACGAAUAAUAGCUAUCAUUCUGUAUGCAACAUCAAAAACUAAUGGAUCAGCAAAAGCACUGUUAGCAAUCAUUUGCACGAUUUCAUUAAUAUUUCCGAUUCUCGCAAUUUUACUUGACAUCUAUCAAUAUCGUAUUUGGUGGCAUUAUCGGCCGUCAUGUGAUAAGGCACCACGACAGACGCUGUCUCGCAAGCACGUUCGAUAUAUACCGUAUCAUCUAGUUGGUAAUAAUCGAAACGAUAUGCAUAUGGGAAAUAAACCAUGCGAUUCAAUGGGACCAAAUUUUAAAUGUCCAAAACGAAGUUUGGAACAUCUGAUCAUAUUUCAUUUGGAUGAUUAUAAGCCACAAGAACGUUGGGGAUUAUUAUCACCAAAUGAAGCGACAACCUAUGUAGGUUUUCAUCGUACUACAGCAGAAUCAGCAGUGGCUAUUGCUCACAGUGAUUUUCGACAGUCAAUGAAAGGAUCACAAAUGCUCGGUUUCGGUGUUUAUUUUGCUCGCUCAAUUGCACGCACCGAAGGUAAAGCUAGAUUUGCUGGUGCAUUGAUUUGUGCUGAAAUUCGAAUGGGUCGUGUUAAAGAAGUGACAUUUGACCAGCUAUAUACAGUAAGGAACUCAAAUGCGUGGUGGACUGACUAUGACACAGUUUAUUAUAAUCAUAAAGAAGAUGAUCGAGAUGAAUUUUGUGUGAAAGAUCCAGCACAAAUAUUAAAAUGGGUUAUAGUUGUGGAUGAAGCACAUGAUACAAAAGUUAAUCAAUAUGGGCUAGAUGCAGAGUUCGAAGAUACAUUUUGUCAUUGCAUCUAA